AGUAGGUCCUCUGGAGAAGCGCGGGAAACGAAGCGUCAGACGUACACAAAUGAAUCAUCAAAUCCAUUUCGCUUAUUGAUACUUUCUCUUCUUCCCCACGGAUCGAUCAUCUCACGGCGAAGCAAGCAGAAUGGAAGUCGCCCUUAAGAAAUACUUUGGGUAUUCGGCAUUUCGGCGAUGUCAGAAAGAGGUCAUUGAGAAAAUUUUACAGGGAAGAGAUUGCCUGGUUAUCAUGGCCACUGGAAGUGGAAAAUCUCUGUGCUAUCAGGUCCCUCCACUGAUUGCCAGAAAAACUGCUAUUGUCAUAAGCCCUCUUUUGUCCUUGAUGCAAGAUCAGGUAAUGGCUUUGCGACAACGAGGCAUUAAAGCCGAGCAUCUCUCUAGUGCUCAAACUGACUCUAGUGUGCAGCGCAAUGCCCAGAGUGGUCAAUUUGAUAUUCUGUACAUGACUCCUGAAAAGGCAUGCUCUAUAUCUUCCAGCUUUUGGUUAAAUUUGCUAAACAAUGGAAUAUGCCUAUUGGCUGUUGAUGAAGCACAUUGCAUUUCAGAGUGGGGCCAUGAUUUCAGGGUGGAAUACAAGCAGCUAGACAAGUUGCGCAAUAUUCUUACGGAUGUUCCAUUUGUUGGCUUAACAGCAACUGCUACUGAAAAGGUUCAGAGUGACAUCAUGAAUUCCUUGAAGAUGAGAGACCCUUACAUUGCUGUUGGUUCAUUUGAUCGCAACAAUCUUUUCUAUGGAGUCAAAUAUUUCAAUGGUUCUUCAUUCGUGGAUGAGCUUGUUGGAGAAGUCUCUAAAUGUGUGGCCACUGCUGGUUCAACUAUCAUAUACUGCACAACUGUUAGAGAUACUGAACAGAUUUUCAAGUCACUUCUCAAGGAAGGAAUCAAGGCUGGAAUCUAUCAUGGCCAAAUGAAUAAUAAAGCUCGUGUGGAGUCCCACAGCUCAUUUGUGAGAGAUGAAUUGCAUGUUAUGGUAGCAACUAUUGCUUUUGGCAUGGGCAUUGAUAAACCAAACAUAAGGUAUGUGAUACACUAUGGCUGCCCAAAAAGUUUAGAGUCCUAUUACCAGGAAAGCGGACGAUGUGGUCGAGAUGGUAUAGCUUCUACAUGCUGGCUUUAUUAUACAAGAGCCGACUUUGCAAAAGCUGAUUUCUACUGCAGAGAAGCAAAAUCGGAAAAUCAAAGAACAGCUAUUAUGGAGUCGUUUAUGGCUGCACGAAGUUAUUGCAUGCUGACAACUUGUAGAAGAAAGUAUUUGCUGGACUAUUUUGGGGAAAAAUAUGCAUCUGAUAAUUGUGGAACUUGUGAUAAUUGUACCACCUCACAGAAGAAGAGCGACAUGUGUAGAGAAGCAUUUCUUCUAAUGGCCUGUAUUAGGUCAUGUAGGGGUAAUUGGGGCCUCAAUAUGCCUGUAGACAUUCUGCGUGGAUCUCGGUCUAAGAAAAUUCUCGAUGCUCAGUUUGACAAGCUCCCAUUUCAUGGGCUUGGGAAAGAGUUGUCAGCAAAUUGGUGGAAAGCACUAGGUUACCAAUUAAUUUCUCACGGUUAUUUGUCUGAGACUGUUAAAGAUGUGUAUAACUUUGUGUGUGUCAGUCCUAAAGGAUUGCAGUUUCUGAGUUCAUCAAAACCUGAUCAUCAACCUGCCUUAGUUCUGCCAGUGACCAGUGAAAUGUCCAGCAAAGAUGAAAACAGAAACAGAGUAGGUGCAGUUGGAGUUUUCAAUGGUUUCACUCCUCUGGAAUAUGAGGGUCUGUCAGAGGCUGAAGUACAGCUAUACAAAAUGCUUUUAGAUGAGAGAAUGAAGCUUGCAAGAGCCAUCAGAACUGCUCCGUAUGCGAUAUGUGGUGAUCAAACGUUGAAAAAGAUAGCACUGGCAAGGCCCUCUACUAAAGCGAGAUUAGCAAACAUUGAUGGUGUCAACCAGCACCUUCUGUCUAAGUACGGAGAUCAUUUUGUUCAAAAUGUCCAAUCUCUAUCACGAGAUUUAAAGCUUUCACUGGAUGGGGAUGCAAGUGCACAAAAUACUAUUACGAAACCCUUCCAUACAAUACCAAACUCCGACAGAAAACUAACACCAUCCAAAAUUGAGACUUGGAGAAUGUGGCAAGAGGAUGGUGUAUCAGUAAAGAAAAUUGCUAAUUUCCCUGGCAGAUCAGCCCCAAUAAAAGAGGAAACCGUUCACCAAUAUAUCCUUGAUGCUGCUCAAGAGGGACGUCCAGUUGAUUGGACCAGAUUCAGCCAGGAGAUUGGAUUAACAAGUGAGAUUUUUGCAAAUAUACAGGGAGCUAUCUCAAAAGUUGGUUCAAGAGACAGAUUGAAGCCUAUUAAAAAUGAGUUACCAGAAGAAAUAAGUUAUAUGCAUAUCAAGGCAUGUUUGAAGAUGCAGGAUUUGGGGAUAUCAGCAGAUGUAAUUGCCCCUGGCCAACACCUUUGCCAAGCAGAGGAGCAUUCUAUUGAGACAUCAGAUUUACUUGCAAAAUCUGGCUGUCCAUGCCAUAUGGAAGAAGAGCCUUGUGAAUCUAAUAUACCUGUCGGGACGAUGGUUGGUGAAUAUUCUUCAGAUAAAAGCAAAGAGGCAGAUUCUAAUUUCCCAGCGAAUAACACAAGCCCAAAACAACCCACAGUCUCAAUUGAUGAUCUGCCUUCCCCUAACAAACGCCAAAAAGUUAACAAGAGUUUACUUGCAUUGGAGGCAACGGAGAGCUCACUGUUAAACUGGCUUAAGAAUUAUGGUGAUGGGGUUUGCCUAUCUGAUAUUUUGGAGCAUUUCAAUGGUUCCACAGGAGAGUUGGUGCUUGAACUACUGAGCUGCCUGGAGGGUGAGUUUUUGAUAUUUAAGAAGAAUGGCCUGUAUAGACUCAUGUAACUCAUAGAUCCAAAGUUUGCCGAGGAAGUGUGUCAUGUAUAGCUAAAACUUAGCCGAGUCUAUGUAGCAAUAAAACCCUAUAAUUUCUCAUAACAUCUCAAACUUCCAGCGCUUACCAAUAGUUGAAGAUUGACUACCAGUUUGGUUUCCCGGCUCUAUCUGUGGGCAAAAGAAUACUGUCAAUCCGACUUGACAUCACCCAAAUGUAUUCAGUAAGCUGUUGCUUUCAGCCUUGAAGCCUCGCCUCUCAAGUUCUAUUUCAGUCUGCUGGAUUUUCUAUUUUACUUUUGAACAUCUAUGUGUAUUAGACGAUGCUGUUUAUAAUGAAUUGAUUGAUGUGUUGCUUAUCCCAUCAGUUUCUACAUGCCGCUAAGAGCGUCUAAAACAGCACACAGCACUGUUACUUGCAAGUUGGUCCCAUGCUUCUACUACCCUUGUAUAGAUUUUUCUAGUUCAUGCAUCUUAUCCUCUCACAUGCAUCUUAAUAGCUUAGUCAACUGACCUCUUUGUUUUUCUUAAUUGUUCUUGCUGCUGUUCGGGUGUGGUGUGGGUUGCCCUCGGCAAGUUUGAACCUUGGUGGCAGAAGUUGUUAUAGCCUUGUACCACCAAAUCAAUUUUUGGCGGUUGAGUCAAGUGACACGUUUACUCAGCAUCCUACUAUUUGCCCUAGAGAGGCACCGCCAUUGCUGAGAGUUGCUUGAACCUUCCCUUGAAGCCACGUGAUAUGUACGGCACUAUUCAUUCAUGGGAUGCACUUAGAAAGGACAAAACAGAUGAUUGGAUAUCCUCAUGCUAGUUCUACCAUUUUCCAUAAGUUCAGAGCACCCGUGCCCAUGAAAACGAUGGGCUAAAAUUGCAGCCAAUGAGAAGGCAGAUUGCUUCAAUCUCUGAAAUAUUUUUGGCAAAAUCUGGAGGAUAUUUAUUGAGGAGAAACUGAAAUGCUCGACAUAGUUGGAGCAUCUUGGUUGCUGUAAGUACCCAGUUGUAACUGGUUACUGG